GAGCCUGUACAGCAGCAGCGAAAACAGAAGUAGUGAUGGUAACAAUCAGCGAAGUCAAAUCCGGCAACUCGCGGGAGAACCGCACAGCGGCCCACACACACAUCAAGGGACUAGGCCUCCGCGCGGACGGAACGGCUGAGAAAGUCGCAGCGGGUUUCGUGGGGCAGGAGAGCGCGAGGGAAGCUUGCGGCAUCGUCGUCGACCUGAUCAAGGCGAAGAAGAUGUCCGGCCGGGCCGUGUUGCUGGCUGGGGGACCGGGGACGGGGAAGACGGCGCUCGCGCUGGCGGUUUCGCAGGAGCUGGGAACUAAGGUUCCCUUCCGCCCGAUCGUCGGUAGCGAGAUCUACUCUGCGGAGGUCAAGAAGACGGAGGCUUUGAUGGAGAAUUUUAGGAGGGCUAUUGGUUUGAGAAUUAAGGAAACGAAGGAGGUUUAUGAGGGGGAGGUUACGGAUCUUACUCCCGAGGAGGCGGAGAAUCCGCUGGGGGGCUAUGGAAAGACUAUCUCGCAUGUUAUUGUUGGGUUGAAGUCUGGAAAGGGUACCAAGAAGCUGCGUCUUGAUCCUAGUAUCUACGAGAGCAUACAGAAGGAGCGUGUUGCGGUCGGAGACGUCAUCUACAUUGAAGCGAAUACUGGUGCUGUCAAGAGGGUUGGCAGAAGUGAUGCUUAUGCCACCGAGUUUGAUCUCGAAGCGGAAGAAUAUGUGCCAAUUCCCAAGGGAGAUGUUCACAAGAAGAAGGAGAUUGUGCAGGAUGUUACAUUGCAUGAUCUUGAUGUUGCCAAUGCGAAACCACAGGGCGGCCAAGACAUAAUGUCGAUGAUGGGUCAACUGAUGAAACCCAAAAAGACGGAAAUCACCGACAAACUCCGCACAGAAAUCAACAAAGUGGUAGAAAAGUACAUCGACCAGGGCGUAGCGGAGCUAGUUCCAGGCGUCCUCUUCAUUGACGAGGUCCACAUGCUGGACAUUGAGUGCUUCACCUUCCUCAACCGUGCCCUCGAGUCCAAAAUUUCGCCUAUCGUGAUCCUGGCUUCUAACCGCGGUGUAUGCACGAUCCGCGGAACCGAAGACAUCAUGUCUGCCCAUGGGAUCCCCACCGAUCUCCUCGGCCGACUGCUCAUUGUCCCGACGUACCCAUACGACUUGGACGACAUUAGAGUGAUCAUCAGGAUCCGCACAAAGACGGAGUCCCUGGAUCUCGAGGACGCAGCUGUGGAGAAGCUUGCGCACAGGGGCGUGGAUACUAGUCUUCGCUAUGCCCUGCAAUUACUCACUCCUGCGUCCAUCCUUGCGAAGGUCGCCGGGAGAACGAAGAUUCAGGUUGCGGAUGUACAGGAGUGCGAAGAACUGUUUAUCGAUACUAGGAAGAGUGCGGAGAUUGUUUCGAAGUUUGGGAGGAGCUUUAUUUCUUGACGGCGUGAUCUCUUUUCUCCCUUUUCUUUCAUCCUUUUCUCCCUCUCCUUUCUAGGGGAAGGGGGCCCUGGUAAUUAAAACAAAAGUGUGUUACACUCCGUUGAUAAUGAAGAGGUAGGGGUUUGUAGUAUUAUCGUAAUUUGGCGAUUAGAGUCAUUCUUGAUGUCAGAUAUUUUUUCUUCUUAAAUAAGCUUAUUCUACCAAUUAUAUUCUCGUGUAGUCUAGGCGUGGGACUGGGGGAGUAUGAAUGAUAUUGGUAGUUCCUUGUCUAAA